CGGAUGAUUCAAGCAGUCAUUCAUCGGUUGUGCACCUCCGUGGCAAUGUCCUUUUUUUUCUAUGGUAGAAACACCCCGGGAACAAGGAUAUUUUUUUAAUUUCAGUUUUGAUAGAUCUUUCGGGGGUAUACUUCCGUGGGACAUUAUCUUUGUUUUUUCUUUUUUGAUUUCCUCGGAUUGAAGGUGAAAUGGCUUUUGCCCUACGGCUUAUCUCUAAAUGCUAUCGGGAUCUUUAUCCGUGGGAGGGUACAAACAAAGACGUGGCACAGCUAGAUUAUUUCAGUGAUUGCUCUCGGGUGAAUGCUAUGCCAGAUCCCCCGGGGACAUGUAUGUUUGAAUCCGCUGCCUGUCAUGAACUGUUUAUAUUUGCUUCACAAUAAACGGAUUUGUGUAAAAACUCUUGGAUCACCGUAAUUUCAGGGGACAAUUAGGCAUUACGCAAGAACCAUCUGAUUUUUUCUCUUUCUUAUGUUGAUUGCAACAUGAAACUCAUGAUGUCAUUUUGUCGU